GCCCGCUGUGUUCGACAGUACGAAAACAAGCGACUAACAACGAGGAUCAAUCGAACAAUAAUCGUGAUAUUUGACAUCACAAGUGAUAUCGAAAAACUAUUCAAACGAAUUAAUUCGUGAGAUCGAGCAGAUAAUAAUUCGCAAGCUCGAGACUAAGUGAAUCGACGAAAAAAGUAAAGAUGGCAUUGGUCCCAAUUUAUUCGAGCCUGUGGCGUGAUUGGUGGGAAGAUUUCGAGAGGCCCCACCGCUUCCUCGACACUCAUUUUCGCCGCGUUCUCAAGUACGACGACUUCUGGAAUCCUUUGUGUUCUCCCGUCUUCGAUUGGUACUUUCGGCCAUGGGACCGUGUGAUUGAGCGACGGGUCACCGUCUCAAAAACCACGACGACAACGGCGCCCCCACCCCUCCCCGAUCUCGACGAGUUUCGGGUUGUUGUCGACGUCCAAAAGUUCGCACCGUACGAAAUCCUCGUCAAAACAGUCGGCAGUUCGAUCAUAAUUGAAGCCAAACACGAGGAACACAAAUGCUGCGGCGGUGUCACGACCACCGAAUUCAUGAGACGCUACGAGCUGCCCUGCACUCAUGACAUCAAUCGCGUCAUGUGUAACCUCUCGACCGACGGUGUUCUCACGAUAACUGCGCCAAAAUUUGGCACCCCUAGACCACGCGAGCGAAUCGUCCCCAUCGAUCGUACCGUUUUUCCAGCUAUCAAAUCUUAAUUCAAUAUCAUCUUAUAUGAUUCUCCGACAAUAAACGAACCUUUCGAAUUUCCCCGAAAAAUCUUAUUGUUUUAUUUUUCCUGACUUAACGAACGAAUGGAACCGUGUCCGAACUCGUUACGAAAAUUAUUAACCUCAAAUGUGUGAUUUGAAUUAAAUUUUUCAACAAUCGUGUGCUACAUUCUGCCAAUUUCGAGACACGUUUUUAGACUGUUUUCCCUCUUGGUGCUUCAUGCAUUUUAUACAAACUGACGUGUUUUAAUUCAAUAAUUUUCGUACGACAUAACCUCUCUGCGCAGCAUUAAAUAUCCACCGAAAAAUUUGUAUUCUCUUUGUUUUCUUGUCGGCAACUGUGUAUACGAACGAUUUGGUUUCGAUUGAUUUCAUCUUUUAAUUAUACUGUUGAAUAAAUUAUUAAAAAUCUAUUACAUCAUA